AUGCCGCGUCACGUGGUCGCGCCGAUGGGCGCAUCUUACCGCGGCGGCGACCGCCGGAGUCGAAGCCCGAGCGCGCAUAGUAGCGCUGAGAGCGCUCCCGCAGGAUCUCCUCUGCUCGGUGGAGGCGGAUGGCGGAAAGACGAGCGCGCGGACGACUCUCCGCGCGCGGCUUUUGUUGCCGGCGAAUUCGCGGAGCGGCAGGUUCCGCCAGAGGAGGCGGUGCUGGAAGAGAUGCUUCGCGCGCCUGGUGCGGGAGACGGCGGGCGGAACGGCGGAACUCCGGCGGAGACGCUUGCGCGGAUCACGGCGCGGUUCGGGGCGAGGGACCUUGCGACGGAAGCGCCGCGGCUGUUACAAUCGACAAUUGCUCGCGGAGAAGAAAUCGCGACUGCAGCAGCCGCGGAAGAGGCGGAGGUGCGCGGAGAGUUCGUCGCGGAGGGCGCGGAGGGCGCUGUGGGCGCGGAGGGAGCGGAAAGCGGAAUGUACGAGGGCCUACUGGAAGCGGUGAUCCGCGCGCGACCGGCGCGCGAAACGGCGGGAGCGCAGGAAGGAUGCGGAGGCGGCGGUAUGACUACGAGCCGCGGAGCGGCGGCGAGGGGAGGGAUGAGGCUGGCGGAAAUCGCGCCGUGGGGGAAGGCCACGUUGGCGGAAGCAUCAUUAGCGGAGCUUGAGGCGUCAAUAUCUGCGCUACAGGCAUCCCUGCUACAGCAACAGCAACACCAGCCCCAGCAGAAGGAACAGCAGGCGCAGCCGCAGGAAGCGGGACACGGGCGGGAGGACGAGGCGACGGCGAAUGGAAACGGGCUCUCCGCGCAAUGGGACGGCCAAAGAGUGGAACAAAUUGGCCAAACCCUAAAGUCGGAGCGGAAUGAGAAUUCUUAUUCAAAUUUCAACUCGCAAUCGGAAGGGGAGAAUUUCACCCCCAGCAAUUUCAAGUCGUCCAACUUGAAGUCAUUUCAGCCGUUGCCUCGGGUUUCCGUGGAAGGUUUCAGAGGCUCCCCUUCCCCCGCAUGGGCAGACGAGCAUUGCGCCGCUUUUGCGGCUGACUGCGCCGCCGCCGCCGUCGGUGACAAUGCGCGCGGAGAUCAUGUGGCGGAGGCCGUGGAGGCGGCGGAAACGGCGCAGCCCGCGGAAACGGCGGUCGCCGCGCGGCCGCUGCGGCUGCUCUCCGCGGUGGACCCGAAUCAAGAGGCCAUGGUCACGCUCACCGCUUCCGCGUCCGCCCCAGGCGCGCCCCUCGCCAUUCCGCUGCUGCAGCCCAGCUCCUUCCCCGCGCAGCCCGCUCCCGCGCGGGGCAACCCCUUCCCCGCGUCCCGGAGUUACGUCGCCGCCAGCGCGCGCCACGCGGCGGCGGAAAGCGCCGCGCGCGCGUACGCCCCCGCCGCCGCCACUGCAGCUGCCGCGGGAACAACGACAGAGUAUCAGCCGCGUGCAACCCUGCACAGCCAGAGUUUCGGCCGCGCUCACUCUGAUGCCGGCGGCAGCAGUAGCGGCGGGCGUGCGUUCAUCAUUCCUGCGAGCCUAUCAACCACCUUCUCUCCCUUCUCCUCCUCCUUUGUCUCCGCCUCCUCGCUCUCCCCCUCGUCCACAGCGAUUCUCGGCGCUCUUCCCGCCCUCCAGCCCUCAAAUUUGAACCCUGCCCGGUGCGAUCUUGCGUGCUUCGCAGUGCAACCAUCAGUAGGAGCAGCAGCAGCAGCUGUGCUGAGUUCAGAAAGGUUUCAAUCAGGGUUGCUGAGAUCAGAAUCUGGCCUUGUGCAAGCACCUUCAGAAGGGUGCAUGGUGUGUGGGUUACAAGGAGGAGACGUACAGGUGGUGAUGGGGGUGAUAGGACGUGCCUGCUCUACCUGCCUCGCCUUCAACGAACCUGCCUUUGCCGAGCCUGUCUUCGCUGAAGGUGAUGUCUCUGCCGAGGCUAUGGUGGGUCGGAGUCUCCGGACCUCCUUGGCAGGCUUGGCAUCGAGCAAACAGGUUCAGCAGGAGCUGGAAGGGGUGGGGAUUUCGGGAGGGGAGAUGCUGCUCCCGUCGUGGGAACAAGGGCUGGAACAGCAAUUGCUGUUACUGCAACAGCAGCAACAGCAGCAGCAGCAGCAGCAGCAGGCACAGCAGCAGCUUCAGCAGACAAGCAGCGGAGACCUUGCGGCUGCUGUUGCUGCUGCUGUUGCUACAGGCACCAUUGCAAACGCCCCCAGGACUGGCAGCAACACUCUCGGCUGUGGAAGCAGCUUCAGCCGCAGCACCACUGUCAGCAGCAGCAGGAAGAGGAGAAGCGACCUUUCCCAGAUGCACCUGGAUUCGUUUGAAGGUGCCACCUGCAACACCAGCACCACUGAGAACCGUUCUGGCUUCACUGCUGCUAGCAGUAACCUCUCUGCUGCUGCUAUUCCUGUUCCCGCUGCUGUUUCCUCUGCAGCGGGGGUGGAAGGAGCAUCCGGAGGAGCAGGAGGAGCAGGAGGAGCAGCAGGAGCAGAAGGAGGAGCAGGGGAGGGAAGUGGGCGUGACAUGCAAAGCAUGAUCGAGGCAAGCAUCCGAGCCAACGAGUUCGCUUUGGAGCGGAUAGCUGGGGAGAAGAGGUUCGGCGGGUGGCUCGGGCAGGGCAGAGGGAGCAGCGGCGGCAGCACUGUGUGUAGCAGCAGCGGCACUGGCAGCAUUUUCUGUGGUGUGGGUGGUGCGGCUGGCUCUGGGAGGCCUUUGAUUGGUGGUGGUGGUGGUGGUGCUGCUGCUGCUGCUGCUGCUUCUCGUGGUGGUGCUGGCGCAGGGGGUAAGGCCCGUGGGCUCUCACGACCCCUUUUUCCUUCUUCCGCCUCUGCUCCCCUCCUCUCCACCUCCCUCUCCAGCCCCCUCGGCUUUGCAGAGGCCUGCAGUUCCGCACCUCAAGUCCUGGCUCGGAGGUCCCGGACCUGUGGGGUUUCCCAAACCUCUGACCUCACAGAGUAUGUUGCUAGCUUGAGGGCUGGAGUAGACGCUGCUGCUGCUGCAGCUGCUGCUGCUGCUGCUGCCGCUGAUGCAGCAACUGAGGCGUUUGUGGCCCCAGGUGCAUCGUCUGCUGAUGGUCAUUUCACACCCUCUAUGCCGGCACCUCGCUUCACUCCUUCAAACCCCCGUGCACUCCCCAGCUCUGCUGGCUUCCGAGCCACUUCCCAGGCUGACAGGAUUCUGGCAGCUGCAAAUUUGGGCCUUGGAGGCUUGGGCCAAACCUCAGACUCUGCGUUGGUGCUUGUCCCAGUGCCCUCCCUGUUUUCCUCUCCCUUUCCCCCUGUCCUCCUCUCCCUUUCCCCCUGUCCUCCUCUCCCUUUCCCCCUGUCCUCCUCUCCCUUUCCCCCUGUCCUCCUCUCCCUUUCCCCCUGUCCUCCUCUCCAUUUCCCCCUGUCCUCCUCUCCCUUUCCCCCUGUCCUCCUCUCCCUUUCCCCCUGUCCUCCUCUCCCUUUCCCCCUGUCCUCCUCUCCCUUUCCCCCUGUCCUCCUCUCCAUUUCCCCCUGUCCUCCUCUCCCUUUCCCCCUGUCCUCCUCUCCCUUUCCCCCUGUCCUCCUCUCCAUUUCCCCCUGUCCUCCUCUCCCUUUCCCCCUGUCCUCCUCUCCCUUUCCCCCAGUCCUCCUCUCCCUUUCCCCCUGUCCUUCUCUCCCUUUCCCCCUGUCCUCUCCCUUUCCCCCUGUCCUCCUCUCCCUUUCCCCCUGUCCUCCUCUCCCUUUCCCCCUGUCCUCCUCUCCAUUUCCCCCUGUCCUCCUCUCCCUUUCCCCCUGUCCUCCUCUCCCUUUCCCCCUGUCCUCCUCUCCCUUUCCCCCUGUCCUCCUCUCCAUUUCCCCCUGUCCUCCUCUCCCUUUCCCCCUGUCCUCCUCUCCCUUUCCCCCUGUCCUCCUCUCCCUUUCCCCCUGUCCUUCUCUCCCUUUCCCCCUGUCCUCCUCUCCCUUUCCCCCUGUCCUCCUCUCCCUUUCCCCCUGUCCUCCUCUCCCUUUCCCCCUGUCCUCCUCUCCCUUUCCCCCUGUCCUCCUCUCCCUUUCCCCCUGUCCUCCUCUCCCUUUCCCCCUGUCCUUCUCUCCCUUUCCCCCUGUCCUCCUCUCCCUUUCCCCCUGUCCUCCUCUCCCUUUCCCCCUGUCCUCCUCUCCCUUUCCCCCUGUCCUCCUCUCCCUUUCCCCCUGUCCUCCUCUCCCUUUCCCCCUGUCCUCCUCUCCCUUUCCCCCUGUCCUCCUCUCCCUUUCCCCCUGUCCUCCUCUCCCUUUCCCCCUGUCCUCCUCUCCCUUUCCCCCUGUCCUCCUCUCCCUUUCCCCCAGUCCUCCUCUCCAUUUCCCCCUGUCCUUCUCUCCCUUUCCCCCUGUCCUUCCCUCCCACCUUUCCUCCCCCUCUCUCACAUCCCUUCCCUUUCCUACUGUCCUCUCCCACCAUUCACGCUUCUCUCAGCCAUCCCUUUCCCCCCUCCCCUGCCCCUCGCCUUUCCCCACUACCGUCCCUUCCCUUUCCACGACGUUCUCUCGUCCAGCCCACCCGACAGUACCAGCUUUGCUUGGCCACUGA